AUGAUGCACCGCGGCGUCAUCACGGCGCUGGUGCUGCUGCUGACAAUGGUCAGCACAGCCACGCUCAUGGCUUCUCCCUGCACCGCUCAAGACGCGAGCACGCGAACUCGAACCGUGACGCUCAGCUUGAGGCUUCAAGAUGACGGUACCAGCAACGGCAACAAGGUGGCCACACAGCAGUCUGUCUCAGACAAUCUCCUGCCGCAGCUGCAGCUCCAAGAAGGCGUGUUCCCGCCCGUCCCCAUCAGCCUGCUCUCCCUCCAAUUCGACCACGACGACAAAUCAACCGUGCACCUGCAUUUGCAGCCCAGCCAGCACCACACCACGGCAAACGCCGUCGCGUACACCCUCCUCGUCACCAACACCACGACAUCACUGACCACCACCAUCCCCGUCGCUGUGACCCGCGAGGGCGGCAGCGUCUCGCCACAAUCGCUGACCACGGGCAGCAACGCCUGCUUCUCCGACACCCUGUUCCUAAACGCCACAACACACAUCGGCACCAUCACCACGUGGCAGCAGAUGCUCGCCCUCGCCCGCGCUCGCUGCGUGUCGUGGGCCGGCUCAAUCCAACUCGAGCACAUCAACCGCGCAAGCGCCGAGUGGGCGGCCGCGUUCGCCUCCCUGGCAGAGGUCGAGGGUACCCUCACCGUCAACAACUGCACUGGCUUUGGUGCCACGCACCUCACCCACUUGCGCGGUGUUGCAACAGGCGUCAGCAGCCAGCUGCGCCUCACCACUGCGGACGACACAUCCAUUAACACCGAGCAGCAACAGCAGCAGCAGCAAGAAGAGGACCAAAGCAACCUCGACGUCGCCCUCGCCCUGACAAACAACCACAACUUCUCCCUGGCCGGGGAGCACCUGUUUGACCUGUUUGCCACCAUCAGCGUGGGCAGCAUGCGCAUCCGCAACAACGACCCGCCCCUCUGCCUCUCUGCCGAGGACACCGGUGGCUCGUGGUGGAUCAACUCGGACCGCGUGGACAUUGCAUACGACGCGUCAACCUGCAAAGUCCCGUGUCCACUCUUCACCGUCGCCACCAACAACAGCGCUCCGCUCUGCUCGGCACGUUGCAGCGGCAGCGCGAGCGAGUGCCCGCGCCUGUGUGCUGGCGGCAUCCUCUCCCAGCCCUCACACGUGCUCGCCAUGCAGGGCUGCACGCGUGUCACGGACAACCUGGGCAUCAUCAACUUUCCCCUCGUCGCCGACUCCGUGCUCGACCCGCUGCUGAGCAUCACGCGCGUGGACGGCACGCUCAUGGUCAUCGACAACGCCUGGCUCGUGUCCCUCGGGCCCUUGCACAACAUCCGUUCUGCCGAGCGCAUCUUCAUCCGCGGCAACCGCCGCCUCGUGGACGCGCGCCUGCCACACCUCCAGCAGUCCCUCACCGACAGCGUGUACGUCAGCGACAACGACCGCCUGUGCGAGCACGGCUAUCCGUUUGGCAGCGGGCCCUGUGCAAACGUGUCUGUUGUUGCAACGUUCCUCGUCCCCGAAAUGACGUCAACUGCAUUCCGCACGGACGACUUUGAAGGUGUGCUGGCAGAUCUGCUGCCCACCUCUGAGGACGCUCGCAUCUCCGCGUACCUGACGCUUCACAGCGAUGCAACCGGAAGCGUGACUACAAGCAUCCUCUCUGGCGCUUCCUCCCUCACACAGCUCUCAUCGUCCUCGUCCUCAUCUUCAUCCACAUCAUCAACAUCACCAUCUAUGCCCACCAUCACUGCCACUGUCCAGUGCACGCUUGAGGAGAGCACACGCAUUGCUGCCAACCUGACGGCAAUUACCGCCUCUGGCAUCCUGGAGCAGCGGCUUGCAGCGAUUGUGUACGGGUUCGCCUAUGCGCGCAUCGCAUUGCGUGAUGCACCGACGAGGCUGCCUCAAGUGGGGUCCGGCGUCAACUAUGGUAUCUCGCUCAACUCUGUGUUGCGCACAGACAAGCUUGAGCUUGCCUGGUCAAAGCCCGUUGAUGCAGAGGAGGCCAAGGUGGUCUACUACCGCGUGGAGUAUGCGCCACGCGCGCCCCUGGAGCAGGUGAACGCGUUUGCUGCUCAUCUUGCGUCAUCGCGUCUCGUGUCUGGAGAAGCGGGCGUGCUUGCACGCAUUUCUGAGGACGCGCUUGCACAGCUGUUCCAGUACAAGUCUCUCUCUGUCCGCGGCAAGCAGGCGGCCGGCAUCGACACGUGCCAACAGGUCACGGGCAACGCCAUCUCCCUGCGUGCACGCAACUGUCUCCAGCCCGAGCUCCGAUACGAAAGCGCCAUGGAGUAUGUUGAUGCAGAGGAGGCCAAGGUGGUCUACUACCGCGUGGAGUAUGCGCCACGCGCGCCCCUGGAGCAGGUGAACGCGUUUGCUGCUCAUCUUGCGUCAUCGCGUCUCGUGUCUGGAGAAGCGGGCGUGCUUGCACGCAUUUCUGAGGACGCGCUUGCACAGCUGUUCCAGUACAAGUCUCUCUCUGUCCGCGGCAAGCAGGCGGCCGGCAUCGACACGUGCCAACAGGUCACGGGCAACGCCAUCUCCCUGCGUGCACGCAACUGUCUCCAGCCCGAGCUCCGAUACGAAGUGCGCGUCGUUGGUCAAAUUGGAACGCGUCGCGUCGAGAGCAAUGGCAUCAUGACGCAAGCAGAUGACCUCAACCUGUACGUACGCAAUGCAACAGGUGCGCACAAGCGGGGGCGUGGCCCGGGCAGCGUCUCCUCUUCAUCCGCCCGCGUCACGUGGCAGCGCCCGCAGCAGUCGUCGCGCUACACCGCAGAUGUCCUCGGCUACCAGCUCCAAAUCAGGCGAUCUGGUGACUUCAACGGGAUCCUGGCAGAUUCGAACCAGCUUGAUACGUCGCGCUUCGAGAGCGAGCUGCUCACCCCAGAUACGAAGCAGCGCGUGUAUGUGCCAAACAGCAGCAGCAGCAGCAGCGGGGGCGGCGGCGGCAACACAGACGAGGACGCCUCGUCAUCCGCGUAUGACCUCGAGGGCUGCUAUUAUGAUUUUACAAGCAACACCACGCACUGCCUCAAGCCCUGGACAACGUACCAGGUGACGGUGCGCGCGCUCACGGCAUUCCUUGGUCCGGGCGUCACCAUUCACGUGACUACGCCCCGCGCCCGCCCAACAACGCCACCGCGCCUGCAUACGGCCGACCACGCCGGCUCCCCGUCCUCUGUCACGCUGCAAGUGUCGCGUCCACAGCCGCUCACCACCGUCAUCACGGGGUUUCGUGUGGACUACACUAGCGAGCGCGGGGAGACGGGCGUGUACAUGUACAACAUAACUGAGCCCCUCACUAGCCAGCUGACCGUGCCAGACAGCCAGUUCAAUAUCCGCAUCCCGGAUCUCCUUCCCUACACCAAGUACGACUUCUCCCUCUCAGCCGUGAGUGCGGAGGGUUCAAGUCCGCUCUUGCUUGCAAGCACGCAGACCGAUGAGGGCGUUCCCGGCAAGAUGGCCCCGGUGUCCUUUGGCAACAAGCUGGAGAAUGGCGAGUGGGAGGUGUCGUGGCAGCCGCUCGUGCCGGCACCUGGUGCCAUCCUCCGGUACGACAUCAUCCAGGAUGAGGACUUGCAAGGAAACGGCAGCGUGUCGCACUCGUUUGCUGGCAACGUCACUGCCGCCACAGUCAGCCUCCCUUCGCGCCUCAUUCGCAUCCGUGCCGUCACAGCGAAAGGCGAGGGUGAGUGGUCCGAGCUUCCUGCGCUUUCCUCUGGGUCCUCCAACUCCUUCCUCGACGUCCUGUUGUCGCCGGCGGUCGCGUCCGGCGCGGCUGGCGGGCUCUUGAUGAUCAUCAUCGUCAUUGUGGUUGUUGUCGUCCGACGCCGCUCGCGCCGCCUGGAGAAGUUGGCCUCUGAAACGUUCAAGGCACCGCCCCCUGAUGAGUGGGAGUAUGAUCCACAGCGGCUGUCGCUCGGCGCUGAGCUGGGCAAGGGCGCGUUUGGCGUCGUGUUUGAAGGCGUUGUCAACGGCAUUCGCGAAAUGAACGGCCUCGUCACGGUCGCCGUGAAGCAGUGUUCGCCCGCAGAGGACGAUGCCCUCACCAUUGCAAACAAGAAUGAGUUUUUGAAGGAAGCCACGCUCAUGAAACAGUUCUCGGACCCGUUCCACCCAAAUGUCGUGCGGCUCCUGGGUGUCAUUACGCAAUCUGAGCCACUCAUGAUCAUCACAGAGUUUAUGGCCAACGGAGACAUGCGCUCGUUCCUGCGCAAGAACCGGCCCCGUGACGGCAAGCCCGGCUCUCUCGCCAUGUCCGACCUCGUUUUCAUGGCAGCUGACGUAGCAUCUGGCAUGGCUUUCCUCUCCAGUCACAAAUUCAUCCACAGGGAUCUUGCGUGCCGGAACUGCCUCGUUGCAGGGGACUUGACCACAAAGGUGGCAGACUUUGGUCUCUCGCGUUCGCUCAACUAUGCCGACUACUACCGCAAAAACGGCCAGGCGCUGCUCCCAAUCCGCUGGAUGGAUCCAAACACUCUCUGUAACGGCAGAUACACCGUCGAGUCAGAUUUGUGGGCGAUGGGCGUGCUGCUGUGGGAGACAAUGACAUAUGGGUGCAUGCCGUACCCGGGCAAAUCCAAUGCGCAGGUCUUUGAGGACGUUGUUGCCGGUGGUCGUCUUGAUCAGCCGCCAGGGUGCCCGGAUGGCGUGUUCGACAUCAUGUGGGAGUGCUGGCAGCUCGAAGACAGGCCUUCCUUCAGCGAGAUGGAAAAACGUCUGACCAACCUGGGGAAUAUGCUGGAGGCACAAGAGCAAACACCGCUUCUGGAGUGCAGCGUCGGCGGCAAGCUCGGCGUGUUUGCGAACGACCUCAACAACAACAACAACAUCAGUGAGGUCACAGGCAUGCCAACAAGCGAUGGCGGUGCAGCCGCGGCUGCUGCUGGUGUUGGGCUCCACCUUCAACAACACGGCGAUGAUGACGAUGAUGAUGACACAGCAGAUGGCAAUGUCCGCUAUGCUGAGUGGCCCGGACAAAUGGGCCGUGUCUCCAGUGCCGCCAAGUCCUCCGUCCAAUACAACCAUUACCAAGAGGGCGGGAACGCAUAUGUGCAGAAUGACGCCGUUGGACGCGCACCCCUGAACCACCAAGAAAGCUAUUGCGAUAUGGCUGGCGUCAACCAGCCACCGACCAAUGCGCGCCCAAGCAUGCUGAACCCGUCUGCCGCCGCAGCACGUGCGAGUGCAACCGUUAGUGCCUCGAGCGUGCCUGCAAGCAACGCCUCAAAGAGCCCGGCCACACUCUCCUCGCUGCUGAAGCAGAACAAGCUUGUCCUGCAAUCUCCGCACGAUGACGACGAUGAUGACGAAGACUAUGUGCCGGAAAGCUACUGCGACAUGCACAACGCAAAUGUACCACGCCCCUCUGCGCCCAACCCGAACCCAUACGCCGUGAUGCAACAAGGAGCAAAGCAGUCGCCACCGCCCCCUCCAUCGGCGAAAACGGCGAUAGCCGCAGAGGCAGCACGCGCGCGCGCUCGCCCGAGCACCACCGCACACAGCACCAUCUCAUAUGCGACCAUGGCGCUCCCACGCGGCAGCAGAACAGACGCCGUGUAG